AUGCAUUCUACAGAAUCGCCCUCUGAAUCACGUCUUUUUUUACUGCAGCGCCUCCUUCGCACUCAUAAAUUCCCUUACAGAGGGUCUGUCUACGUUUACGCCAGCGGUCCAGCGGGCGAGUUCAUUAGAGUACGCGAGUACUUUGGUGAGCUCCUUAAUCGCUCUGGUGGUGUCCAGGAUUCUGAGUACGAGGCCGAGGGUUUCAAGGCAUUGCGCCAACUUCUUUUUUUGACGCUUAGUCGUCCUUCAUCUCGGUGUUGUGCUGAUCCACCGGAUGUCCAGAUUUUGAAGCUCAAGCACAAGAACAAGAACAAAAUGUGGAGCACCGAUGGACUCUCCUGA